AAUAAGUCUUGUGAAGUUGCAUUUUCUUUCCACACCAAUUUCUCAAACUAUAUGGCGUCUAUUCUUGGAGGAGCACUUGUUUCAGCUUCCAUGGAGAUGUUGGUGAAAAAGGUUGUUUCGGGUGAGUUUGUUGAUUUAUUUAGGAGGACUAAGCUUGACUUUGAACUCUUUGAAAAGUUGAAAAUAACAAUGUUGAGUCUUCAAUCUGUACUUCACGACGCCGAGGAGAAAGUAUGCUUUGAAAUGCAUGACCUCAUCAAUGAUUUAGCUAUGGCAGUUUCAUCUCCAUAUUGCACUACGUUGGACAAACGUAAGCCAGAUAUAAGGGUGCGAUACUUGGCAUAUGACAGAUUUCAAUAUAACUCAGACGAUAAAUUUGAAAAGUUGCAUGGAUUAAAAGGUCUACCUUCCUCUCUUACAGAACUGCGUAUCUAUGAUUGUCCAUUAUUGGAACUAAAUUUGCGGAGGAAGCAAGGGAAAGAAUGGACUAAGAUUUCUUACAUUCCCAAAAUAUAUGUAAACUACGAAAUCAUCCAAUGAGUUAUUACAUCAAGGUGAGUCACCAAAAUACUUGUUUCUUAUUUCUUCUAUGUUAUAAAUGUCAUCAUUUAAUAUUUUUAA